AUGGCGACCCAAGCCCCUUCGUCCUUCUACGAGCAGCUGCCGCUCCCAACACUCGACCGCCCCUUCGGCAUCGAAUUAUGGCCUCUUCUCGACAAGGUCUGGACUCCCAUCGUCGGCUACCCCGUCAGCGAGUUCAGAUUUGAGCCUGGCGUCACCCCUAUGUCCACCAUCAAGCAGGCCGGCAUCUUCGUUGUCAUCUACUACGCCGUCAUCUUCGGCGGCCGCGAAUGGAUGCGCAACCGCGAGCCCUACAAGCUGAAGGCCCUCUUCCUCAUUCACAACUUCUUCCUCACCUUCAUCAGCGCCGCUCUCCUGGCCCUCUACACCGAGCAGCUUCUGCCUACCGUUGUGCGCAAGGGCAUCUUCCAUGCCAUCUGCGAUGCCGAGGGCGGUUGGACCCAGCCUCUGGUCGUUCUCUACUACAUGACCUACCUGACCAAGUACCUGGAGCUCAUGGACACCGUCUUUUUGUUCCUCAAGAAGAAGCCCCUGACUUUCCUCCACUGCUACCACCACGGCGCGACCGCUCUCCUCUGCUACACUCAGCUGAUUGGCUCGACCGCUGUCUCAUGGGUUCCCAUCACCUUGAACCUUGGUGUCCACGUCGUCAUGUACUGGUACUACUUCCAGAGCGCUCGUGGCGUUCGCAUCUGGUGGAAGGAGUGGGUUACUCGUUUCCAGAUCAUCCAGUUCAUCAUCGAUCUCGGCUUCGUCUACUUCGCUUCUUACACCUACUUCACCUCGACCUACUUCCCCUGGAUGCCCAACGCUGGCAGGUGCGCUGGUGAGGAGUUCGCUGCCUUCGCUGGUAUCGGUAUCCUCAGCUCCUACCUCGUGCUCUUCAUCUCCUUCUACCUCGCGACCUACAAGAAGGGCGGCAAGUCGCAAACUCGCAAGUCCCUCCGCCGCAUGAGCCAGGCUCCCCUCCCCGACCCUCACAACGUUGCCCAGGCCGUCGCCGGCCACUCCAACGGCAGCGCUAAGGCUUCCGGAGCCAAGACCAACGGCUCCUCUACCCCUCGAUCCCGAAAGGCGUAA